GCAGCCGCCAUCCACGCACAAGCAAAGCAGCAUGUCCCAUUUAAAUACACCCACGCAGCCCGAGCGCCCUUAGCCGAUCAGGGCGCGCAGCCCACACGCACCGCGGCUCCGGGCUUGGAGAUCCGCGCAGGUUGGGCUCCCGGACCCCGCCGACCGACGCGCGGAGGAUCGGGAUCCGGCGCUGCGGGGCGGGGGUGGGCGGGGGAGGCUGGGCCCGGGGCCUCUGGCGCGACACCCGCAUGAGGACGCGAGUGAAAUAGACCAAGGUGGAAUUUCCAAGGGAGAAGCUUCGGGGUGGUUUUGGUCCAUUUCUCCGGCAAAGAAGUAGACAUGGCGAGCGACUCCCCGGCUCGCAGCCUGGAUGAAAUCGAUCUCUCGGCUCUGAGGGACCCUGCAGGGAUCUUUGAAUUGGUGGAACUUGUUGGAAAUGGAACAUAUGGACAAGUUUAUAAGGGUCGUCAUGUCAAAACGGGCCAGCUUGCAGCCAUUAAGGUUAUGGACGUCACAGGGGAUGAAGAGGAAGAAAUCAAACAAGAAAUUAACAUGUUGAAGAAAUAUUCUCAUCACCGGAAUAUUGCUACAUACUAUGGUGCUUUUAUCAAAAAGAACCCACCAGGCAUGGAUGACCAGCUUUGGUUGGUCAUGGAGUUUUGUGGCGCUGGCUCUGUCACUGACCUCAUCAAGAACACAAAAGGUAAUACGUUGAAGGAGGAGUGGAUCGCAUACAUCUGCAGGGAGAUCUUACGAGGGCUGAGCCACCUGCACCAGCAUAAAGUGAUUCAUCGAGAUAUUAAAGGGCAGAAUGUCUUGCUGACUGAGAACGCAGAAGUUAAACUAGUGGACUUUGGGGUCAGUGCCCAGCUUGAUCGAACAGUGGGCAGGAGGAAUACCUUCAUUGGGACUCCCUACUGGAUGGCACCGGAAGUUAUCGCCUGUGACGAAAACCCGGAUGCCACAUAUGAUUUCAAGAGUGACUUGUGGUCUUUGGGAAUCACCGCCAUCGAGAUGGCAGAAGGUGCUCCCCCUCUCUGUGACAUGCACCCCAUGAGAGCCCUCUUCCUCAUCCCCCGGAACCCAGCGCCGCGGCUGAAGUCCAAGAAGUGGUCAAAAAAGUUCCAGUCAUUUAUUGAGAGCUGCCUGGUGAAGAGUCACAGCCAGCGACCAGCCACGGAACAACUGAUGAAGCAUCCGUUUAUACGAGACCAGCCUAAUGACCGACAGGUCCGCAUCCAACUCAAGGACCAUAUCGAUAGAACAAAGAAGAAGCGAGGAGAGAAAGAUGAGACCGAGUAUGAGUACAGCGGAAGUGAGGAGGAAGAGGAGGAGAACGACUCAGGAGAGCCCAGCUCCAUCCUGAAUCUGCCAGGGGAGUCGACGCUGCGGCGGGACUUCCUGAGGCUGCAGCUGGCCAACAAGGAGCGCUCGGAGGCCCUGCGGCGGCAGCAGCUGGAGCAGCAGCAGCGGGAGAACGAGGAGCACAAGCGGCAGCUGCUGGCCGAGCGCCAGAAGCGCAUUGAGGAGCAGAAGGAGCAGCGGCGGCGCCUGGAGGAGCAACAAAGGCGAGAGAAGGAGCUGCGGAAGCAGCAGGAGCGGGAGCAGCGCCGUCACUACGAGGAGCAAAUGCGCCGGGAGGAGGAGAGGAGGCGUGCGGAGCACGAGCAGGAGUACAUCAGGCGACAGUUAGAGGAGGAGCAGAGACAGUUAGAGAUCUUGCAACAGCAGCUACUGCAUGAACAAGCUCUACUUCUGGAAUAUAAGCGCAAACAGUUGGAAGAACAGAGACAAGCAGAAAGACUACAGAGACAGCUAAAGCAAGAGAGAGACUACUUGGUUUCCCUUCAGCAUCAGCGGCAGGAGCAGAGGCCUGUGGAGAAGAAGCCACUGUACCAUUACAAAGAAGGGAUGAGUCCUAGUGAGAAACCAGCAUGGGCCAAGGAGGCUCCCAGCAGUAAAAGAGACCUAGCAGUUGGGCAUGCAAACAACAUGACUGUGUCAUCAAGCACUCCAGAUGUGAGGUUCCCUGGCCAUCAUAAGUCUGGGCCACCUCUGGUAGAAGAACGGUCGAGGCUCAACCGGCAGAGUUCACCUGCCAUGCCUCACAAGGUUGCCAACAGGAUAUCUGACCCCACCCUGCCCCCGAGGUCGGAGUCCUUCAGCAUCAGUGGAGUGCAGCCUGCUCGGACACCGCCCAUGCUCAGACCAGUCGAUCCCCAGAUCCCACAUCUGGUAGCUGUAAAAUCCCAGGGACCUGCCUUGACCGCCUCCCAGUCAGUGCACGAGCAGCCCACCAAGGGCCUGUCUGGGUUUCAGGAGGCUCUGACUGUGACCUCUCACCGUGUUGAGAUGCCGCGCCAGAACUCGGAUCCCACCUCCGAAAACCCUCCUCUCCCCACUCGAAUUGAGAAAUUUGACCGAAGCUCUUGGUUACGACAGGAAGAAGAUAUUCCACCAAAGGUGCCUCAAAGAACAACUUCUAUAUCCCCAGCGUUAGCCAGAAAGAAUUCUCCUGGAAAUGGCGGUGCUCUGGGACCCAGACUAGGAUCUCAGCCCAUCAGAGCAAGCAACCCUGAUCUCCGGAGAACCGAGCCCGUCUUGGAGAGCCCCUUGCAGAGGACCAGCAGUGGCAGUUCCUCCAGCUCCAGCACCCCUAGCUCCCAGCCCAGCUCCCAAGGAGGCUCUCAGCCUGGAUCGCAAGCAGGGUCCAGUGAACGGACCAGAGUUCGAGCCAACAGUAAGUCGGAAGGAUCACCUGUGCUCCCACAUGAGCCUUCUAAGGUGAAGCCAGAAGAGUCCAGGGACAUUACCCGACCUAGUCGACCAGCUAGCUAUAAGAAAGCUAUAGAUGAGGAUCUGACGGCAUUAGCCAAAGAAUUAAGAGAACUCCGGAUUGAAGAAACAAACCGCCCACUGAAGAAGGUGACUGAUUACUCCUCUUCCAGCGAGGAGUCGGAAAGUAGUGACGAAGAGGAAGAAGAUGGAGAGAGCGAGCCCCAUGAUGGGACAGUGGCUGUCAGUGACAUACCCAGACUGAUACCAACAGGAGCUCCAGGGAGCGCGGAGCAGUACAAUGUGGGAAUGGUCGGCUCGCACGGGCUAGAGCCCUCUCAUGCAGACACUUUCAGCAGCAGUAUUUCAAGAGAAGGAACCUUGAUGAUAAGAGAGACAUCUGGAGAGAAGAAACGAUCUGGCCAUACUGACAGCAAUGGCUUUGCUGGCCACAUCAACCUCCCGGACCUGGUGCAGCAGAGCCAUUCCCCAGCUGGGACCCCAACUGAGGGCCUGGGGCGCGUCUCCACCCAUCCCCAGGAAAUGGACUCUGGGACUGAAUAUGGCAUGGGGAGCAGCACUAAGGCCUCCUUCACCCCCUUUGUGGACCCCAGAGUAUACCAGACAUCUCCCACUGAUGAAGAUGAAGAGGAUGAAGAAUCAUCAGCUGCGGUAGGAACCCAGAGAUAUCCAGGGGCCCUAGGAAAAGCUGUUCCUCAGAGAUCUCCAGGCUUACCACCUAUUUCUCAAAAGCAAUUUCUGGCUCUGUUUACUAGCGAACUUCUUAGGCAAGAACAGGCCAAACUCAAUGAAGCAAGAAAGAUUUCAGUAGUAAAUGUAAACCCAACCAACAUUCGGCCUCAUAGUGACACACCAGAAAUCAGAAAAUACAAGAAACGAUUCAACUCAGAAAUACUUUGUGCAGCUCUGUGGGGCGUAAACCUCCUGGUGGGAACUGAAAAUGGCCUGAUGCUUUUGGACCGAAGUGGGCAAGGCAAAGUCUAUAAUCUGAUCAACCGGAGGCGAUUUCAACAGAUGGAUGUGCUAGAAGGCCUGAAUGUCCUUGUGACUAUAUCAGGAAAGAAGAAUAAGCUACGAGUUUACUAUCUUUCAUGGUUAAGAAACAGAAUACUCCACAAUGACCCAGAAGUGGAAAAGAAACAAGGCUGGAUCACUGUUGGGGACUUGGAAGGCUGUAUUCAUUACAAAGUUGUUAAAUAUGAAAGGAUCAAAUUCUUGGUGAUUGCCUUAAAGAAUGCUGUGGAGAUAUAUGCUUGGGCUCCUAAACCAUAUCAUAAGUUCAUGGCAUUUAAGUCUUUUGCAGAUCUCCAGCACAAGCCACUGCUUGUUGAUCUCACAGUAGAAGAAGGUCAAAGAUUAAAGGUUAUUUUUGGUUCACACACUGGUUUCCAUGUAAUUGAUGUUGAUUCAGGAAACUCUUAUGAUAUCUACAUACCAUCUCAUAUUCAGGGCAAUAUCACUCCUCAUGCCAUUGUCAUCUUGCCUAAAACAGAUGGAAUGGAAAUGCUUGUUUGCUAUGAGGAUGAGGGGGUGUAUGUAAACACCUACGGCCGGAUAACUAAGGAUGUGGUGCUCCAAUGGGGAGAAAUGCCCACGUCUGUGGCCUACAUUCAUUCCAAUCAGAUAAUGGGCUGGGGCGAGAAAGCUAUUGAGAUCCGGUCAGUGGAAACAGGACAUUUGGAUGGAGUAUUUAUGCAUAAGCGAGCUCAAAGGUUAAAGUUUCUAUGUGAAAGAAAUGAUAAGGUAUUUUUUGCAUCCGUGCGAUCUGGAGGAAGUAGCCAAGUGUUUUUCAUGACCCUCAACAGAAAUUCCAUGAUGAACUGGUAACAGAAGAGCACUUGGCACUUAUCUUCAUGGCGUUAUUUCUAAUUUAAAAGAACAUAACUCAUGUGGACUUAUGCCAGUCUAGAGGCAGAAUCAGAAGGCUUGGUUGAACAUACCACUUUCCCCUUUUCCUCUCCCUCCACCCGUCCCAAUACAGUCCAUCUUUCAAUAUUGCAGCCUGGUUGAGAAGGAGAGAAAAAGGUGGCAGGAAUUUCCAGGAGAUCCCAAGAAUGCUGCGUUGUCUGUGGACAAAGAUGGACCAUGUGCCCUUCGGAGUUAGGGAUAGAAACAAAUAUUGUGUGCUCUUAUGAUUAAGCUGUGUUAUGGUGGAUUUUGAGUUUUGUUUUGUUUUAGUUUUUUACCUUUUUUCUUUACCCCCUUACUUUGUAAGAAUGGGGAGAGAAUGCAUAUGGAGAAAAUGAGUCUGUUUUUAAUUCUGUCUGCCUGCUCGCUUUAAGUUUACAAUAUGUUGUACAGUUUCCAAUUUCAAACGGUGAGAGACAGCACAAUAAAUGUACCUUAUCUCCUUACACUGAAGGCCAUAACUGCAUCGUGGGGUAAUUUUAGAACUCUUUUGCCUUCACCAACCCAAAAGGUUGCUUUUUGAUAGCAACUGGCUAAUGGAUUUUUAAAAGAGAAGAAAAAUACUAGUUUUCCCCUCUUUGGGAAAAUAGAUUUUAAAUGGCUAAACUACUAGCCUUAGACUAAUAAAAUCAACUACCAUUUUUGUGAGUCUGACAGGCCCUAUUUAUAUGGCCCUGCACAGAACGGAGUGUGUUGAAUGGGAGAGUAGUCCCAUUGAGUUGAUUUGGCUCUCGCAGUUGAGGGACUCCAUAACACAACUUUCCCUCAGCUAUGAUGCAACAGAUCAGGGCAAAAGAUGGGAUGACAGAUGGGGUCAGACAGAAAGAGCUUCUGGGAAACAAGCUAAAACACAGAUAUGUACACAUUCUUUUUUUAAAUGCUCAAAGCCUCCCAGCUGAGAGGUCACUCGGUUCGGACUUCAUUAGGAGUGAGACUGUUGAGUUCUUUCUGGGAGUUGGGGAGUGAAGGACAUCCAGGCUCUGAUCAUUCCCAGCUUUCUCCUGAAGGUGCCACUUUCUCAAGAUGAAAACUGUGACUGAAAAAAAAUAAUAAAUGUUUCUGAGCUGCCUGUGUUCUCUCUGGGUUGGUGAGAGAAGGGACCUAGACUACUAUGCCUGCCUGAAACACAGCAGGCAUCAUUGGUUCAGAUUUUAUAGAACUCAAAAGCAAGGCUUUGGCCAAAAUUCCAAGACCCUAAUCAUUUUACCUUCCUCUAAAUUACCCAACAUACGGUAAACAACAUUUGUGCAGAGAUAUGUAUGUAUUUACUUCAGGUUGACUUGUGUCCUUAUAAACUCUUACUCGGAUGAUUUGAACUUCUACGUGACUGUCUGGAUUUUUUUUCCAAAGCUACAAGCAUGGCCGCCUGUGGUAUCGAGGUGUUGCAAAACAGUAUCUGUGUUGUGCUUCCUGUUUUAACCUACCUCGUUUUGUUUGUUUUUGUUUCACUGUUCAUCACAGCAGUGUUAUCUCCAGGAGACAUAUAGAGAGCUCAACUGGCAAUCUCAGGAGUAUUUAAUAUUUAAAAAAAAAAGAAAAAAAAAAAAAAAACAGUAGUUGACCAAAUUGUUCUUCUUGAAAAAUUGAAAAAAGAAUCCAACAACAACAAAAACUAAUGUGGCUUAUUUCUGAAGAAAACAAUUACAGGAAAGAUAAAAAAAAAAAAACCCUACCAUCCUACUAAUUUUGCUUAAAUACGUAAGCAGCUGAUGUACUAUUAAUGAGAACGAAACACACAUUAGGAAAAUGGAGCUAUUUGAAUCUGGUGGUUUGGGCAAGGGGGAGAAGGGAAGGGGAAGCAUUCUAGUUUCUGAAGUAGAUGAUUAUGCCCCUCCUGUAAAAGUGAUUGUCAUUUGCAUUUAUUUUAAGCUGGUAACACACAGGAAUGGAAUUGAGGAUUAUCUUCAGGCGAUCACCAAGAUGUCCUCAUCAUGGUCCCUUUAGCUCUCAAAAGCAAUGAAAUUCUCUCGUUCUCAUUUUUACUGCUGUAGUUCUGCUGCUGAACAAUACUAUCUUCACAAGUUCCAUGCGACAAAUUCCACAAUAACUUUUGGGAUUGAAUUUAUCAACUACUGUAAUUGAAUACUGACAUGGACAAAAUAUAUUGAAUUGAGACUCAUCCCCAAAUGUGAUUGCCACCAGCUCUUUAUAUUGCUGCUGUGGUAUUUUAAACCAGAAGCUUCUUUAAAUUAUGUUGCAAAUUGAUCUUUGUUUUUAUGUUUUGUUUUGUUUUUAUUUCUAAGUGAUAAGUUUGAAACACACAGCUUUAAAUGAUUUUUUUACUGUGGGAUUUUGGGUACAGUUAAGAAAUAAAAGGGAAUCAUUGUGUUUAAACAUAAGGUAGUUUGUGAAUGUAUUUUUUAAAAUCUAGAUUCAUUGAAACAAAAACUCAUAAAACAAUAUUAAUGCAGUCUUGUUUACAGUAUGUACAGUGACAUAACAUAGAACAUGAGCUUUUCUGGUGCCAACAACAAUAAAACACAGACGUUAAACAUCAA